UUUAGUUAGCUGGCCUUGAGUUUGUAGGCCUAUCACACACAUACACGCACACCUUCAACAGGCACUGCUCCACAAAUGUCCACAGGGACACAAAAAUUGCUUGGUUAGCAACUGGUGAUUUUUUUGAAAGUCGUUUUGCUCUUACACUCUUGGCAGUGGCCUAUGAUGGCCAAGGUUGACGUGACAUUGGUACGCCCAGACCUUACACUCAAACAGUACUCAUCAGCUUCCAAUCUUGCCUUCAAUGAAAAAAUCAAGUCACUAAUUAAAGAGGGGCAGAACAUCUAUCAUUUUGGAUUUGGUCAAUCACCUUUUCCUGUUUUAGAAACCGCCGUUGAUUACCUCAAGAAAUAUGCCAGUGAAAAUGAUUAUCUUCCUGUUCAAGGUUUGGCCACUUUGAGGAAAGGGAUAUGUGAGUUUCACAAAGUAUAUGACAAUCUCACCUUUGACCCUGAUGAUGUCAUAGUGGCACCUGGGAGCAAAGAACUGAUUUUUCUACUUAUGACCGUUUUUAAUGGAGACAUAUUGAUCAAUUCACCAUCUUGGACUACCUAUCAGUCUCAGGCUAUUUUAGCAGGACGCAGUCCGUUAAUAGUGGACAGCAGGGAAAAAGAUGGAUGGAAAAUUACGCCAGAGGAAUUAGAGAAGGUCUUAUCAAAGGCUGACAUCGAUAGUUACAAACUUCUUAUAUUAACUAACCCAUGUAAUCCAACUGGGACGUGUUAUACGCAAGAAAAUUUGGAGAAAUUGACAGAGGUAUUUAGGAAUCAUCGAGUCAUUGUUCUUAGCGAUGAGAUCUACGCCAGAGUCCAAUACGGCGGGGAUCAUGUUUGCCUUUCCAAGGUCUACCCAGAAGGUACUAUCUUGAGUUCUGGAAUGUCCAAAUGGGCAGGGGCAGGUGGAUGGAGACUUGGCUACAACAUUUUCCCAAAUGAGUUAUCUCCCCUGAUGUCUGCUGUGAGAAAUGCAGCAAGUCACAGUUAUUCCUGUGCCCCAGCUCCCAUGCAAUAUGCCUUCUCACAGGUGCUAACCAAUUUUCCAGCAUGUGAUGAAUACAUUCAACACACAACUAGAAUUAUGAAGCUAGUGGGGCAGUUUUGUACCAGUGAACUACGAUCUGUUGGAGUGAAGGUGGUAGAGCCAAAAGGUGGCUACUACAUCUUCCCAAACUUUGAGGUCAUCAAACCAGCCCUGGUCAAGGGUGGCAUUACUUCCUGCAAACAGAUGUGUGAACUGAUCCUUAAAGAUGCCCAUGUUGCACUGAUGCCAGGUGGACCUGACCACAUGAGACCUAUUGAUGAACUAACGACUCGCCUUUGUUUUGUCAACUUCAAUGGUUCCCUCUCGCUCUCUGAAAGCAGACAAAGGGGAUUAACAUGUAAACUGGAUGUGAAUUUUGUAAAGGAAUUUUGUGCCCCUGUCUAUGGUGGUGUUAUGGCUUUGAAGACUUGGGUGUUGAAACUUACUCAACUUCAAUGAAUUCAGUUCUGCAAUGCAAUCUAAAACUGAGAACUAAGAGAGUGAUGGCCCUUUUGAUAUGAAACUCAUGUAAUAAUGAAAUAAAAAAUACAAAAGAUUUUGUUAAUAA